UUUCAUUUCUGUUUCACGGACAGCUUUUACAUAUUGCCAGUUUUCUCACGAGGAAGGACUACUUUUACACAAGUGGAUGAUUUUCUCACCAGGAAGAUUCCUUGAGUCCCCUGCCAUGCUCACCUCCAAGAUCUCAUUGCUUGUCUCUUUGGCUGUUCUUCUUGGGGUUCUGGUGGUGCAGCCCAGCCAAGGGCAAACCUGGGCAAAUUUCCAACGAAAGCACAUUGAUUACCCCAAAAGCAAAGCUCCCAACCCCAAUGCCUAUUGCAACCGGCUGAUGAAGAUGCGACAAAUGACAGAAAAGCACUGUAAAAUUCACAACACGUUUAUCAACAAUGCUCCUGAAAAUGUCCAGCAAAUGUGCCAAGGAAGUGGGUCGCACAGUGUCAUUGACAGCAGGGUUGCUUAUCCUAUGAUAGAUUGUCAUUAUUUAGAUGGCAAGCCUCCUAAUGACUGUGAAUAUCAGGGGACACAGCAAGUGAAACACAUUUGUGUAACCUGUGAAAAUAAUUUACCAGUUCACUUCAAUCAAAUCAUACCAUAAGCAAAGAAGGAAGUGCUCACUACUUAUCACCAGAAGAAAACAUCCAGGAAAUGUGGAUCAAGAAUUCAGCUCAAUAUAUUGCUUUAUAUGUUUACUUGAUAAAGCAAACUGUUUGAUCUGAAAUGAAAUGUAUUUUAAAGAAAAUUCUCCCUUCAAACUGAACUAGAACCGCAAGGCUGAGACAAGUAGCCAUGGGCUUCAAAUUUACAGGUCUCCUUGCUUUCCUUUCCAUGUGCUUCAUAGUGAGCAAGACAGCUGUCCUUUUUUUCUCUUCCUGAAACUUCUGAAAAUUAAUCAGGGGAUAAACCUGAAUCUAACUGACACUUAAUAAAGUGGUUUCUUGUAAAUACAAA